AUGACUGCCCAACUGCUCCCCGAUGUGCUGGGGCUGGCAGUUGGAGUCCUCAUCUACUCUAUAUUCUCCCUCAGCUUGGGCCUGCUCACGGCAUGGCUUGUUUGGGUACAUCGUGAAGGAACUAGUUACGUGUUCCUCUUAGCCAUCUUCACGGUGGUCGGGGGCGUAGCUUCAAUUGCUCAGCAAAUACAUACCAUCGUCGAUUGGAGGGAUAUCAAGCUUGAGCAACAUCGUCACACCGUUGCAAAUGUUGGGAAUCCAGUAGUCGCGCUCGCCAGUGGCUCAGUAGACCUGGACCUGGCACUCUUUUACAUCCAGUUUACUUGCUAUGGUAUCGAGGCACUGCUCAUCUUCUUCUGGUGUGCGGUUUUGCUCCAGUCUGUUUUUCAGCUCCGGAUUUUGGAAAACAGCCUCCGAUAUUCCAACGCUGUAGCCAAAGCAUCAGCAAUAUUUUUCCCCGUCCUUAUGGUUUGUCUGCUGCAAAUCAAGGCCCUUCAGAACAACACAAUUGGCUUCUUCGUCAUUGCGAAUCUCUGCAUGUCAGUUGGUCUAUUGGGAGGUGCCAUCAUGCUACUAAGCAUCCUAGGCCGGUACAUCUACACCAGGCGCGCCCUCAUUUCCUUCCAAUUUAAAUACGGCAAAUCUUCUACCAGGUCUGGUGCGCAAUCACGAGCUUCGACUGCUGGUGGAGUUCAGGCUCGACAAAAAAUUUACGACAGAUGGCUUAUCUUGCGACUUGCUAUCGGCUUUGUGGCCUUGGGGAUAUUCCAACUAGUUACUAUUAUGACCGAGGUGGUUGCCCAGGCCAAGAACAACCGCAGUCACCUCAGCGAUUCUGCGGACCUGAGUCUAGCACAGGCCAGAUCCGAUUUCACUUUAUUCUUGCCGGGCGCGACGCCACCAUUGGUGACAUUUGUUGUAUUUGGUACAACGCGACCUUUCCGGCAGUACAUGUGGGCUCACUUCGUGCCCGGUUGCUUUAAGCGGAGAGAGGAUCCGCAAACACCGAAGAAUUUACAUGGGACAGAUCACACCCAAAGUUCGCGGACACAUGAAGUGUAUGUAUACAGUCCGAACAAUAAUGACGGACAUGAUGGAGCGAGUAGCUCGGGGUCUGCAAUGAUGUUGUCGGACUUGGCUCAUGGACGGAUAGACGACGAUGCCGUGCCUAUCUUGGAGGGUUCGACCCCCGAGGACGUUGGUGGCAGAGGUCCCCGUGCAGUUUAG